AUGGCUGACGACCGUGACGACAUUGGCCCCGGGCUUCGGGCGUUUCUUGUCGUCAUGAUCGUCGUCACGACGAAUGCUACUGUUCUGCGGUUCUGGUCCAGGAGCCUUACUCCCCGAGAAGCACGACAACACGUCUUUCAUUUCUGGUGGGAUGACUGGGUCGCGCUGAUAGCUUCCGUUAUUGUCAUAGCUCAGUUGGCUAUCACAAUCGCCUUAAUCGACCAUGCGGGCUUCGGACGCCACAUUGACACCUUAUCGGCCGAGGAAAUAUCGCUAUUCUUCAAGCUAGAAUACCUGGGCGACUACAUAUACGAUUCAGCACUGGCCACCUCCAAGUUCUCUGGACUGCUCUUCCUCAGCCGUGUCUUCCCCGCGCGUCUGAAUUCGAGAUGGUUUAAUAUCGCCCUGUGGGUGACACAUGGCCUCAAGGCGGCCUGGCUUAUCGGUGUGUACUUCGGAACAAUAUUUCUUUGCGACCCGGUUCAGAAGGGUUGGAACCCGUUCCUUCCCGGGACUUGUGGCACGACGGCCUCUCUCUUUCUCGGAAGUGCAAUACCGAGUGUGGUGAUUGAUCUCAUCAUCAUGCUAUUGCCGCUCCCUAAAAUCUGGGGCUUGCAUACCAGCAUUGGAAGGAGAGUGGACUGGGCGUCAUUUUCAUCCUGGGUUAUUCCGGCAUUGUAG